AUGUGGCAAGACAUCGAAAGCGUUCUUUUGGGUGAUAUGGGAAACGCGACUCCUGAUGCCCGCUAUUCAAAUCACCAAGCAUCUGUUCCCGUUGCACCGAACCACCAGGAAGAUAACCGUCAGCACGAGAUUAUGGUAACACCCCCGUAUUCCGUUACGCUACCUAACCAUCAGUUGGAUGGUGAAUUUUGUAUCCCAAGUAGUAUGGACAGUAACAACAAUGCCAGUUACAAUGAUUCCUACAGUUUCCAGGCCCCAGCAAAAUCAAAGUCAAACUAUGCCCAGUGUAUGAUGAGGGCACACGAAGGACCAGAGAGAGUACACUUCUAUUACAAUGAAUACACAGGGCAUUACACUCCGGUAACAUACGUAGACUCUAAGCAUCACUAUCCAGCACCGAUGACUAGGCCUCACGAUCGUAGUAUGUCUAUACCAUAUGCCCGUCCAUGGGGAUAUUGUCCAGCAGGUUCAGUCCCGAGUGUACCCUCUCAAAUGUCUCCUCCUGCAUCCCCUGAAAACUCAGGAGGACCGCAAUACACUCAUGCAAAUGGUGUCAUGGAGGCAGUGCCCCACCAAGUGGUUUCUGGAAGAAUUCCUAUGGCUCAUAGCUGGCCUCCUCACACCACUCCUAAUACCUUCAACCCUGGCCCUCCACACCUGCGAAUGGUAACGCCGCCGUCAUCACCUCACCUAGGCGAUCUUCUCGUUAAUGGCACCGCGACGUAUAGCUCUUCGAUUCCCGGGAUCCCCCCGCCACCACCGAUCAAGCCACGGCGAGGACGAAGAAGCACUGGCCGCAAGAAAGUGACGGUUCAUACAUGUUCUCAUCCGGGCUGUAAUAAAAUGUACACGAAGAGUUCGCAUCUGAAGGCUCACCUCCGGACUCAUACCGGUGAGAAACCCUACCAGUGCACGUGGAAGGGAUGUGGCUGGAAAUUCGCCCGCUCUGACGAACUGACCAGACACUACCGAAAACAUACUGGUGACAGACCUUUCCAGUGUCGUCUAUGUGAGCGUGCAUUUUCCAGGUCGGACCAUCUGUCGCUCCAUAUGAAGAGACACACAGCGGUUUAAUUUAAUUAGAAAUUCGACACUAUCUCCAUUCUGAACAAAAUCCCUAAGACACGUUUCUAUAAAUGAAAAACUUGCAUAAGAACAUGUAUAUAAAAAUCAAAGUGUAAAAUUGACUUGUGUCUAGUCGUUGUCAUGUUUUAGACGGCACGCAAAACCUAAACGCCCUGCUUUCAGGAAGGAUUUAAACAUUGUUUUAAUUAAACAACAGUGAGACUAAAUUUCAUACCUUCAACUUUGAUUUAUUUUAAGCCAGAAGAUUUCAUAUUUUGUAAGGCAAC